UUCGCGCCCAGCCCAGAUGUGAGCCCUGCUGUCUCCAGCAAGACGGGAGCGAGAAGAAACUAGAAGGAAUUCUUUGGGUGGACUUGUGCAGAGCUGCUGGAUGGGCGCUGCUUUUUGAAGGACUGAUCCGACUGGACCUACAAAAGACACCGGUUCAACCAAGACUAAAGAAUUUUUUUCUGGUUGUUUGAACGUUUGCAACCUUGAAGAAUUAUCUCAGAAAGUUUUUUGCUUAGAGAAGAAAUAAACUUUAAACAUUAGACAGUGUAUCUGGCAUCACAUAAUUUGUAUGCCCUUUUUAUUUCUCGAAUGUCUAUUUUUAUUUUUGAGUGACGUCUUAAGUUAAAGCUGAAAAAUCACUUUUUUUCUGCCGCAUACAUUUUUAAGCAUUAACGAUCACCCCUUGUCCCAGUCUGUUGCGCCUGCUGUUAAAAGACGCCGAUAGAAAAUCGUACGUCACAUUUUAUUUUUUAUUUUAUCUUUCUGGCUAUUCCAAGGACGCUUCGCUUCUUUCAUAUUUAACAGCUGGAUUUCUACAUUCCUCGCAGCAGCUCAGGUUUGAUUUUAGAAGAAGUCUUCGUCACGACCGUCCACAAACACUGUACAUAUUCUGUUCUCUGAAAGGUGCUAUAAAAAGCAAUGCAAGCAGCCAAUACACUGUGUUAGGUAGAGGGGAAAUUUAAGAAGAUUUUAGAACUUGAAAAGAAGUGGAUAACAGAAGACAAGGGGCACCCGAAAGCAUCGGGGAGAUACGGCAUUGCGGUUUUCUAGGUCAUACUCAGCGGGAUGGGGAAGUUUGAUCGCAACAAGAAGACCCCCGAGGUGAUCCGCACGGUCACCGAGGGUCUCAAAUCUCUGUACAAGUCCAAGCUGCUUCCCCUGGAACAAUACUACCGCUUCAAUGACUUCCAUUCACCCACUAUGGAAGAUGCCGACUUUGACAACAAGCCCAUGGUUCUGGUGGUGGGUCAGUACUCCACAGGCAAGACCACUUUCAUCCGCUACUUGCUCGAACAAGACAUUCCUGGCAGUCGCAUUGGACCAGAACCCACCACCGAUUCGUUUACGGCAGUCAUGCUCGGAGAAGUUGAGGGGCUGAUCCCAGGCAAUGCUCUAAUUGUGGACCCCAACAAGCCGUUUCGUAAGCUGAAUCCGUUUGGAAACACCUUUCUAAACAGGUUUCAGUGCGCUCAGCUGCCCAACAAGGUUCUGGAGAGCAUCAGCAUCAUUGACACCCCGGGGAUCCUGUCUGGAGCGAAGCAGAGGGUUAGCAGAGGUUAUGACUUCCCAGCGGUCCUGCAGUGGUUCGCCGAGCGCGUUGACCGCAUUAUCCUUCUCUUCGAUGCCCACAAACUUGAAAUCUCAGAUGAGUUUUCCGAGGCCAUCCGAGCCCUCAAGGGGAAUGAAGACAAGAUCCGAGUUGUUCUCAACAAGGCUGACAUGGUGGACACCCAGCAGCUUAUGCGUGUCUAUGGCGCCCUCAUGUGGUCUCUGGGCAAAGUGUUCAAUACUCCAGAGGUGGUCCGUGUUUUCAUCGGUUCCUUUUGGUCAGAACCACUGCUCAUUCCUGACAAUCGCAAGCUAUUUGAGUUGGAGGAGCAGGACCUGUUCAAUGACAUUCAGAACCUGCCACGAAACGCGGCUCUUCGGAAGCUCAAUGACCUAGUGAAGAGAGCGCGGCUCAUCAGGGUCCAUGCGCACAUCAUCAGCCACUUGAAAAAUGAGAUGCCCUCUGUCUUUGGGAAAGACAACAAGAAGAAGGCCCUGAUUAACAAGCUGCCUGUCAUCUAUGCCAAAAUUCAACUGGAACACCACAUCUCACCUGGCGACUUCCCAGACUGCAACAAAAUGCAGGAACAGCUGGCUGUGCAUGAUUUCUCAAAGUUUCACUCCUUGAAACCACGACUUAUGGAGGUUCUGGAUGAGUUCAUGACCUCAGACAUUGCCAAGCUGAUGCCUCUUCUCCGGCAGGAAGAACUAGAAAAUGGGCCUGACAGUGGAGUGCAGGGAGGAGCCUUUGAAGGUCAACGUUAUGGCCCCUUCGUGGAAGGCAUCAUGGAUUCAAUACCUGAAGGUGAAGACGAUGAGGACUGGGUGGUCACCAAAGACAAGCCCAAAUAUGAUGAGAUCUUCUACACUCUGUCUCCCAGUGAUGGCAAGCUCAGCGGAACCAAGGCUAAAACCUGGAUGGUAACCACAAAGCUGCCUAAUUCUGUGUUGGGCAAAAUCUGGAAGCUGUCAGAUGUGGAUCGUGAUGGCAUGCUAGAUGACGAGGAGUUUGCACUGGCCAGCCACUUAAUUGAGGUUAAGCUGGACGGCCACGGCUUGCCCUCAGAACUACCCCGGCACUUAGUGCCGCCAUCUAAACGUCGACAAGGCUCAGAUGCCUAAUAGCCCAGCCAUGGCAGCAUGCUCACCAAUGUCAGCCUCAUACCCAUGACUAAUAGAUGAUGUUCGUUCUAAAGAUCAGGCUGUCAUAGUUUGUCUCUAAACACAAACCCACAGCACCCCACUAACCAGUGCAAAGAAAGGUUGCAGUUUUUGAAUGGGCUCAAUGCCGACUCAGUUGCUGUUAACGUGUGAACUUCACAAGAAUGUUCAGUACAGUCUUAACAGAAUUUACAGUCCUGGGCAUAAGUCUUAGUGCUGAUUAUCUUUAUAAAGUUGUAACUUCAGUUCUUCAAAAUUGGCUGACGAUCUCCGCAGAUCAAGUGCGUAAAUUACUGUUUUUGGCUACAAGGCAACUGUUCUUUCUCUUUCUCACAUACACACACACUCGCAUACGUUUUGUAAAUGUAACAUAUGAGGACUGCUGGUUUAAAUUCUCACUGAACUGCCAAGCACCUUUGAUCUCCAAGCUGCAAUUGUGCUCUCUCUCCGUGUCAGUUGCACAUGACAUCACACAUUGCGGUCGUGUGCUGUUGGAUUAUUGGAGCACUGACUUGUGAAAAAUGGGUGGUCCUGGAAACAAUUGAGUGGGCAAGCAAUAUGCCUUUUGGGUCCCCUUGAAGUUUUGAUCGUCUCAGUUUAUGCUUAGGCCCGACCCCCUGAAGCUUCACCCCUGUUGUGACAUUUCACUUUCCCACUUCAGUACAUUUAUGUGAGGGCCCAUUAGGAACUUUAGAAGGAACAACAAGUCACUUUUAAUCUGUUAAUUGGUCUGAAAGAAAAAGCAAUUAAAGAAAACACUAUUUAUUCGUGAAUAAAAUAAAGUGCACACAAAACAUAUUUGAAAUGUAUCUGGUUGGUCAAAAUGUAAUUCAAUCUUAAAAACACAAUUUCUGGUUGACCAGGUUUUAUUUUAUACAAAAGCCAGCAUUGUGUUGGAGAACUUGGGUAGCAUCAUUUCCUUCGAAUUGUCCGACUCAAGCGUUCUAUGUUGAAGGAUGUUCAUGUGACUCUCCCAACUGGUUAACUCAUAUUUCAGGUGAAUGCAACAUCAGCAGCUCUGUCUCGAUGACUGUUGGGCUCAGAAGCAUCGUUUCAACUGCAAUACCUACAGACAAUUCAUGAGCUGUGUUAUAAAUGUUCACAAAUAGCAACAUAUCCCAUCAAAAAAAUGCAUGUGUUAACCAAACACCCAAAUCUAUACCAUAGACAGCAAUUCUGCACCCCAAAUAUUUGUGACAAACAGAAUCACUGCAAAUUAGGGCGCAACAGCGACACAACAAUGACGCAUGUUCAUUAUAACGUCUGAUUGGCUAACAAGCAUACAUUAAAGAGUAAUAAUUUAAUGUAGCACAUAUUGCAGCAUUUAUUCACAAGGUCACUUUUGACCCAAAAAUUGUAAAGUCUGUUUAGCUCAUCCAUGACAUCAUCAUGACUGCUUGCCCAGUGUCACUGGCACUGUGUGGACUACACACUUUUCUUGCCAAGAACAACUUUGUUUUGUGACUGCUGUAUCAUAUCCGCUCUUGUCUCAGACAUUCUAAUAGUGAACAGCACACAAAACUGGCAGAAUCCUCACAACUUUUCUAACCUCCGUCCCAGACGUUUUGCUAUCCUGCCCAUCUGGCUAACACAGAGGGGAUGGCAGCACUCUUGCCGGCGUCUGCCCAAUCCAAUCGACAUUAUGUUGUAGCUCAUCAUGUGCCUUUUUUUUUUUUGUCUUUCUUCUUUUUUAAUUGCUUCCAGUAAACCAAAAUGAGAGCAGUCUGCUUUCUUAAUAUUUUCUGCCUUUUACAUCCAGCUCUGCCAGCAAGCGUUAUUGUUGUAAUGUAUUUAAAGGUUUGUACGUUUUUUGAUUACUUAUGGAAAACACAAACACAAACAUAAACCACUAAAAACUCGAUAGCACAAGUGCCUAAAAAGCAAAAUGUAGGGAAAAUCUAAUGGCAAAAUAAAUAUCUUUCAGAAGUCGAAAACCAGUUUUUAUAUACCUGUAUGCAUAAAAAUGAAUGAUGUUUUAUAUUUCACAUUAACCCAAUUUGAAGCCUUUCUUCCAUAUUGAGUAAAAUGGAUUCAUUUAAUGCAAAUGUUAAAUAACUUUUUUUAAAAUUAAAAUAUAUAACAUUUUACUGAAAAAGCAUAAAGUUUAGCAACGCCGAAAGUAUAUGUAAUAGAAUGCACAUAAAAACACGCAGAGUCUUGAAUUUUUAAUUUUUAUAAAUUCAUCAAAAAAAUAUACAGUAUAUAGGAAAUACUAUGUAUAUAGCAGAAGCAGCACAGAAGGUCAUUACUGCAAAAAUAAGUGUACAAAUUGUUUGAAUUUUAGUAAUACCUUCAAAAACAUACACAUUAAUAAAAUUAAUUUAUAUAUGCAUUACACCAGCUUACUCCACUGUAAUUGCCAAAGGCUCAUUUUAGCCUAGUUGGCUAUAUGGGAUUUGAAUCUUGUCACAAAUCUUAAGUAAAAGCAUGUUUAUUUAUUAAGGGGAUUAGUUGAAAAUUAACAGCAUAUCAUCACUUGCUUUCAUAUAUAUAUAUGACAUUUUAAUGUAUAUUAGCAAAAGAACUUUUUGUGUGUCCAUCUAACAUCAUUUGAUUUAUGAGUGGUUUAGCUUCUAUCUAUCUAUCUAUCUAUCUAUCUAUCUAUCUAUCUAUCUAUCUAUCUAUCUAUCUAUCUAUCUAUCUAUCUAUCUAUCUAUCUAUCUAUCUAUCUAUCUAUCUAUCUAUCUAUCUAUCUAUCUUACUUGGUCCAUCCAAUAAAGAGUUAAAAGGUUCGUGCCAGCCCUAAUGCCAGUCUGUUGUGUGGCACAUUUGCAUGCAAAUUCCAUUCAGAAAGGGAAUUGAACCUGGUCACGUGAAGGCAGCCAUACUAACUCCUGGACCUUUGUAUCACUCCUUUGAAAGAAUGAAAAUCUAAGUUGAAAGUAAAUAUUCUAUGAUGUUCUGUAUGUCCUGACUCAAUGCCUUAUGAAUCUUCUUUCAUUGUAAUAUGAAACAGCAGAUGUUUCCCCCCAAGUUGUUGCAGAAGGCGAUCGGUUUCGCUCCUCCACAGCCUCAGUGUUGUAGUGCUGCUCCCUCCAGCCAUUAGCCAAGAGUCCAGAAGACUCAUUAAUCACAUAACACCCCUUGGCAUGACAUGAACGGCAAGCCCAACCUUUUCUUAAAAAUUUCAAAAAUGUGUAAGCUAUACUCCCGUGGUAUAAAUUCCACAGAUUAACAAUCAUCUCUGAAAGUUCCAUGUGCUUCGUCGGCAUCACAAAAGCGGCCUUUACUCUUCUGCAGCUCCCCGUUUUGUGGAAGAAGGACUUUUAAUUGUGUAUCUGAAUGUGUUUCAGCGGGUUUUACAAGUAAAUGUUACAAGCUGAUUUGGUUCUUUGGAGUUUUCCGAGCUAGUGUUACUGUGCUGUACUGUACUAUGAAGUGGAUGAGACACAUUGGAUAGAUGGACUUCAUGCUAUCCAGUAAAUGAUGAGCGGGGAGUAUAUGUCUCAUAAGAGUUAAGGGUCACUUUCAAAUCAAGACAAAUUUUAUUUCUCGCAUACGGUUGUACGCAUAGUCCAAAAGUAGUGAAAUUCUUAGUUUCAGGAGCUCACAAAUAUAAACAUAAAAAAACGACAACCCCCAAACACACGUAAGAACUUCCAGCUUGGAAAAUACGAGAGCUGCUGCUGUCAAUGACAGGCUUGUUGGUGGCAGUAAGAGCUGCCCAGUUCUAACACAGGCUUACAUUUAAAGGCAUUAACGUUUGGAUUGAGCAGGUCCAGUUCGUCAAGUCCACAAUUACAACUUGACAUAUGCUGAUAUAAACUUGGUCCCCUGGUGGAAGUCACCAGCAUUCUAUGGUCAGAAUGAUUCAAUUAUAUGAGUGUUGGUAACAGAGUGAAUCAUAUCUGUUGCUGUCAUUAUUAAAUUUGUAUUUAUGUGAUUUCAUUGUUUAUUUCGUUGUGCAUUCAUAAGCAUGUACACAUUCUUUUGAAUGCCAUUUUUAAGAUUUCCAUAAAUCUUCCUUAGUGUGGUUAGUGCUGUGAUUUCACUCCUCCAGGGAACUAACUUUAAGUCAAUUCCUGAUCAGGUUACCAUCUGUGUGCAGUUUGCAUGUCAUCCCUUUCGUCAGAACAUUCGUUUCUCUGCACAUAUUACAAAGGUGUCUCUAAAUGGCCCCGUGUGAGUGAGUGUGGCCUGCGACGGACUGGCGUCAAUUCCAAGGUUGGUUCCUACAUUGUGUGGCCAGGCCAGGACAGGCCUUUUAAAGCAGGAUCAGAAAACAAAUGGGGAGAUGCUUUUUGAGUCUUGACACAAAUCUUUAAAGAAGUGCUCAGUCUGUUACUUUGUUGGCACAGGGAGCAUACCUCUGGAGUGGGCCUUGUCUCGCUCCCCUACAAUAUGAAGUAUCAUUUUUCACAGUGGGUUAUUUUUACAAUUUUGCCUGUAACUAUGUUUGCUUGAGGGGCUGUUGUCUGUUUUAUGAUGUGGUUAAUAUAUCCAUGUAGCAAGUCUGAGGCCCCAUCCACACUACUAUGUUUUCGUUUAAAAUUACAGACAGUUGUUUCCGAUUUUCCCUUAUAAUAAUAAUUCUUUGCAAUUAUAAGCCACUUUUCUCACUACUCAAAGCGCUCAGCAAUUGCAGGUUAAGGGCCUUGCUCAAGGGCCCAACAGAGCAGAGUCCCUUUUGGCUUCUCUCCACACUACCUUGGCGUUUUUAACCUUCAAAUACUGAGACUUUUGAAAAAUCUCUUCAGAGACAUAUACUGUACUUCUGAAAAUGCAGCUUCAUCGUUGUAAUGCUGCAGGAUGAAAGCGUAGCAUCUAAUUGUUCUCUUGAUUGGAUCCUGCUUACUACAACAUCUCAUUCCCUGAUUGGUCACCCUUAAUGGAAGAAAAACAUAUCCCAACAUAGCAGACACAGAAGACUUUCCGUGGCAUUUGUUGUAUUGCUUACCUGUACACAUCUAAAUUAUGUUUUGUUCAGAUUGAAUGCUUUGCAUGAAAGGUAAAUAAUUUAACAAUUAAUUGUUAUAGUUUUGUGAUAAAUUUUGUGGCCCUUCAAGGAUCGCCGGUUUUGGGCGAGACAUCUAUGUGCGCUCCCAGUGGAAAACUGUGUACAUUCCCUGCGUAGCUGGAUGACUAUGUCAUAAACGUUGUCAGUCAUUUUAGUGUGGACGGAGAUUCAUUUGUAAACGUGUGUGGCGGAAAUCAUUUUCAUUUAAAAAUUCUGUUUCUAAAUUAAGAUGUAGUAGUGUGGACGUAGCCUGAGAAUUAUGACGUGCCUCUGUCAUGUCUGUACGCUUUUAAAAGUUUCUGACUGUCAUGCCGCUACACUAAUUCUUAAUUGUAUUUAGCAUGCAACACUUGACAUGACUCUUCUAUGCCUUUAGGUCUAUAUGCUGUGUUAUUUUAUUUUAUUUUAUUUUAGCUUCUCAAUCAGAAAAUAAGAAUUGAUUUUCACUCAGAACAUCUAUCAUCACAUUUUUCACAGCCUUGCAUCACGACACAUUUCACAAAAUUGUAAACAUAAGAUGUAUACCUAAUAAACAUUUUAGAUACUAACAUGGAAUGAAUAAAUAAAUAAAUAAUAAUCUGAUCUAAAUUAUUACUAAAUAAUUCUAAAGUUAUAUUUAAUGAGAGCAUACUGAAGGCGCUGUGAUUUAAUGGCAAUCUGAGCAGAUCUGCGUUUGUCCUUUGUGUUUCACAAGUCACGAGUGUUUGAUAGGUGGAGCUGCUCGAUGCCCGCUCUUUGCUUACUGCACCCACAGAAGCACCAAAGACAUCUAAAUGGGCACAGGUGCCAGGUAGUGUGUCACCAUGAGACUCCAACAAGUACGGCACAGAGCCCGCCAACUAAUGGGCAUCGUCCCUCUUGCAGGCUACCACCACUUGAGUUGCAUGAAGUGCACUCUGCUGGAUGGUAUCCAUGUUUGCUUUUACAGCGUCUCGUUAUUGUGGUGUGUUAUUUUACUUCCUUCUGUGCUUCUCUGUAAAGAAAGCUUGUCUAUGUGUUCUACCUCUUUUAAAUAAAAGCUUUUCCUGUUAAUGCCAACAA